AUGGAGAAAGACAGCAGAAUUGUCAUCAUUGGUGCAGGUGUUUUUGGCUUAUCCACUGCUGCUCAACUUGCGGCAGAAGGCUUCAGCAAUGUUGUUGUGGCCGAUCGGCAUAUGCCACCGGUGCCGGACGGAUCCAGUUGCGACAUCUCACGCGUCAUCCGGUUUGAUUAUGCUGAUGAAGACUACAUGAACGUAUCCUACGAUGCCUAUGUGCGAUGGAGUCAGGAUCCCAAGUACAGAGAAAUUUUCCACCCUUCAUCUUUCAUUCUCACGGGUAGCAUGACCGGCGGAGAUGAAUCAUGGAUCGACAAGACGACAUACCAGCUAAGCAAGAGGAAGCUGCCAUGGACUAAGCUCGACGAUGCAGCAGCCGCAAAACAGAGGUUUCCAAUCCUUAGCGGCAAGCUUGCUGAACCAGGGUUCAAAGGCUACUUGAACGACGCAGCGGGAUGGGCAGAUGCGAGCAAGGCAAUCAUUCAACUUCGUGAAGAGUGCCUGGAACUCGGUGUUUCCUUCAUCUGUGGGCCAGCAGGCACAGUCACUGGUUUGAGCACUGACUCUGAGAGAAAAAUCACGUCUGUCCGUACUCUCAGUGGGAACUCAAUCCAUGGUGAUCAUUUCGUGUUGGCAGCAGGUGCUUGGUCUUCGAACCUGGUUUCGAUGUACAACUCGACGCUUGCAACAGCCCAAGUCAUAGCAUACACACCGCUAUCCUCUUCCGAAGUCCAGAAAUACAAGGAUGUGCCCAUUUACGCCAAUUUCAAUACCGGCUGGUUUAAUUUUCCCCCACACGAGGAGACGCGCACGCUCAAGAUGGCUGUUCACGGUUGGGGAUACACUCGCGCACCCAGUGUCGGAGAGUCAGCAAUCGAAUCCAACCCCUCCACACCGCGUCUGUAUCCCAGUCGUGAGCGUCCCAACUUUUGUCCUGUGGAUGGCGAGCAAAGACUACGUGAUGGUUUGCGGGAAAUCUUACCAGAGCUUGCUGAUCGACCUUUCACGAGGGUUGCCAUGUGUUGGUAUACCGAUACUCCCACAGGAGACUUUAUCAUGGACUAUCACCCUGACUUUAGCAAUCUAUUUGUCGGAGGUGCAGGUAGUGGACAUGCAUUCAAGUUCCUCCCUGUAUUGGGCGAGUAUAUGUCGUUGGCUUUGAAAAGACAGCUGCCCCAAAAUUUGGCAUCUAAAUGGCGGUUUAGAACUGAGUAUAAGGAUCGACCGGAUGUGUUCUUGGGGGAUGGUAGCAGAGGCGGACCUGCUCGUCGUGAACUGGAACCUGCAGAGAGGGCACGUCUAGAUUCUAGUGACAGGCCCCGACUUUGA